AUGAAAGAGCCGGGGGAGCUUAAACACUUCUUGGGGCUAGAAGUUGAUUGUACAAAGGAAGGGUUGUUCCUUUGUCAACAAAAGUAUACAAGAGAUAUACUUCAAAAGUUUGGCAUGUUGGAGUGUAAGUCAGUAUCAACACCAAUAGAGCAAAAUGCCAAGAUAUGUGCUCAUGAAGCAAAAGAGUUGGACGAUGGAACAAUGUAUCGACAACUAGUAGGUAGUCUUAUCUACCUAACUUUAUCUCGGCCUGACAUUGCUUAUGCAGUUGAAGUUAUGAGUCGAUACAUGCAAAGUCUGAAGAAACCUCAUUUGGAUGCUGCCCGACGGAUCUUGAGAUAUGUCAAAGGUACAAUUGACUAUGGUCUCUUGUAUAAAAAAGGAGAAGACUGCAAGUUGGUUGGAUAUUGUGAUGCUGACUAUGCAGGAGACCAUGAUACCCGAAGAUCAACCACUGGGUAUGUGUUCAAGCUUGGGUCAGGGCCAAUAUCAUGGUGUAGUAAAAGACAACCAACCGUAUCAUUGUCAACCACAGAAGCCGAGUACAAAGCAGCGGCUGUAGCAGCUCAAGAAAGUACAUGGUUGGUACUCCUAAUGGAGGAAUUACAUCAAAACGUUGACUAUGCAGUACCACUUUACUGCGAUAACCAAUCUACAAUUCAGCUGGCAGAAAAUCCAGUAUUUCAUGCUAGAACAAAGCAUGUGGAAGUGCAUUAUCACUUUAUCAGAGAGAAAGUCUUGAUGGAAGAAAUUGAGAUGCGACAGAUCAAGACUGAUGACCAAAUAGUUGACUUGUUCACCAAAGGGCUGAGUAUUGGAAAAUGUGAGUGUUUUCGCUAUCAGCUUAACAUGGUACGAAAAAUGGGGGCUAGUGUUGAGGGGGAGUGUUAA